AUGAGAGUUUUUGUACUGAGUAUUUUGAUCACUUGUUUGGCAUUGGGGUGCAUACCAAGCAACCAAGCUGCAACAAUUACAUGGAGUAAAAAGAGCUGUUUUCCCGAUCUGUUCUGUUGUCAUCGAGGACAGUCCCAAUCAAACGCUUUAGAAAAUCUAAUGCCGAGGCCAAAAAGAGGAACGAAAAAAACGGUGAUGUUACUCUCGCAUAAUCUUGCCAACCGUGAAAUAUUAACUCCAACGAAAGUCGAAGUCGCGGGGGAUGAACCCGUUAUUAAGUAUGAGCAGUCGAGGCCAUAUCGUAUUGGAUUAGACAAGGACGAAGAAUUACAAAUUGAUAUUAUUACCCAAACUGAUGACCUUGAAGAAGCGGGUAUUUGGAAUUUCUCGCCAUGUGAUAAUCAACUAACAUAUCGUUUACCGUUCGCAGAAAAUGGUCAUACGUUCAUGUCUUGGGAUUGGAAAAUUGCAAAGUGGUUCUUCACUGCUGAUCUUACCGGAUGUGAUAUGUUUGUAGCAAAAAGCGAAACAGAUAAAAACAAAGUAUUGAUUAUACACAGUAAUUUGAACAAAUACAAUUUACCAAAUGAACAGGAAAAAAAUCUCAGAAUAAAAGGCGAAAUGGCGGCAAAAAUCGUUAACUCUGGUUCUUUUCCAGACUAUCGUUUGGUAAUGCGCUAUAUGCUCGACCAACUUGUCCUAUCGCAAAGCGUUUUAUCGAAAAAUAUGGAAGGGAUCAUUCCUCAGCUGGUAGCAAAAUAUUUUUGUAUGACUAUGACGCGGACAACUUUCCGGAUGGACAUUUAUUUUUUGGUAGGGAGGGCAAAUUCUAUGUUAAGGCAAAAAUUGGCGGAGAAACAAGAGAAUUGAAAGCGAAUUUAGAAUGAACUGAAAGAACGACACUGUGUAAAACAAUCGCCGGAAAAUUGUAUUCUACCAAAUCUUAAUAAUAUUUAUUGUGUCAACAACUGAUAUCGUCUGAUUUAGUAACUAUUGUCAAAUCGUAGAUCCGGCACAAACUAGGAUUAUUCGGACACAUUGCGAUUGCUGCAACGAAUCCGUGAAUAUUUUGACUAAAAAAUCUCAGCAUAAAUAAUGUACGCACACUUAAUAUUUUCUAGUGAAAUUUCAAAUUUACCAAAUCUUUUAGUAAAUUUUCCAUUAUACUCAAAUAGUUAAUUUUCUCAUAAAAUUUAAAUAAAUGGUAGAGAUUCAUUGGCAGUACCUUGUUUCCGGAAAUACUGUUUUCCCAUGUUCCCACCGCUGAGAAAGUGACGCGAAAGCCAGGUCGUGAUAAUAAAAACUUACUACUGUCACUUUAACGAGGAGAAAAGCGAUGAGGCUGAGGCCAAUUGUAUAUUCGUGCCCUUACCUUUCUAGCUUUGCAAUUUAAACUACAGACAUGGAGUGGCGAUUCCAUUAUAUGUCUUCCGAGUAAAAUCGGCUAUAGAGACGAUUUAUAUUUCCAUGAUAAGUUUUCUGAUAGCAAGUCUUAUCAGACUACGGAAGCCAGGGCCGUAGCGAGGGGGGUAGAAGCUGGAUUUAGUCUAGCAGACACGAAAAUUAGAAAUAUUGAAGAGAAACUCAAUGUUAAAAUAAGUGAUGUUCUUGACGAUCUGAACGAACUAAAGGCCCGGUCUGAGCCUGUCUCCGAGCGAUUAGUCAAUGCAUUGCUUGAAGAGAAUACUAAACUUAAGAAAGAUAACGAUGUGCUAUCUGGGAGACUCAAUAAUUCGUUGCUUGUUGUAUCGGAUCUUAACACCCGUAUUAAGGACAUUGAAAACGAGAAAUGUAGUUUGAUUACAGCUAUUAGACUUAUUCAAUGCGCAGACAAAAGUCAUGUUGAUUCAACGGUAACGGCAGCGGAGCAGUUGAAGUCUGAUGACACUAACGUAUUUAAUCAACAUGAUUUAUCUCAUAAUUUAAGUAUGAAUGAUGUCGAAGAGUCGAUUCGGGUAGUUGAUAAAAACCCAGAUUAUUUUCUGUCAAGUAAUAAAAUCCCGGAGUCACAAAGUUUGAAGCGCAAGUAUAAGUCGAAAAGCAAGAGAAAAGGUCUAAACCUUGAUAAGAAUUUGUCCGAAAAUGCAAAUUCUACAACUAGAUCGGAAGUCUUACAACAAAUUCCAGCAAACAAUAAUUCCACAGCAGAACCAGUCAUGCAACAAAUACCAUCAAAUGACAAUACAAUGACAGAACCAGUCAUGCAACAAAUUCCAUCAAAUGUCAAUUCAAUAACAGACCCUGUUGUUCAAAAAAUUCCAUCAAAUACCAGUGGCACCAAUAACUUGCAUACUGUGCCAGAAACGCAUAACAAACAUGCAAAUUAUUCUGUGAAAAAUGUCACUGUUGUUGCAGGAGAUUCAAUU